AUGCCAAAUAAGAUCACUCAGUGCUCCAAACAGUGCACCGGGAAGAUUGUGGUCAAGUCUAAGAACAAUCAGUACAAGUUAGCCAUUCCUUACGUCGUCCGACUACUGCAGGGAUUUCUAAGUUAUAACGAAACACAAACACAAUUCUAUAUACAAUCAAAUUCAAUACAAGAGAAACGAAGUCUCGUUUUGCAUAAUAAAUUCAACUCAACUCUUGUGAUUCAUUCGGUGUCACUGCCCGAUGAGGCGAAGCCUUAUUUUAAAGUUGUGUUGGCCUCACCCGCUGUCACAUUAGCUGAAAAUUCAAGUGAAACGGCGCUUAAGAUAACGUUUACGCCGUCAUCACAAUUGAGUCAUUUGGAGACCACUUUUCGUAGUCAAAUAAGGAGUCAGCAACUUAGUUUGCCAAGAGCUAAAGCCACGACUUUUGCUGUGAUUAACAAUAACCCGGUUGUCGUCAAACUGAAGCAUUGGGGCUGUAAUAUGAGUAAAGCAUACGUCGAGCUCAUGGGUAUCGCUGAGGGGAAUGCGACCGUUAUCUCACAUAAGUUGGACUUUUCGACACUUUCUAAAAAACAGAUAACAAUUUUAAAACCUAAAUAUUAUGCGAUAUUUAAACUCCAUUUGAUUGGCUUUCAAGAGGAGGGGGUUUAUUACGGCGAGACAUUUGUGGAGACGGCUUAUGAGAGGAUAAUCGAAGGGAGUUUUGUGUUGGAGAAGGUAGUGCUGUCCAACUGUUUUCCCGGCCGUAUAUCAUCGCAAACCGUCGGAAUCACCAGUUAUUUCACUCAUGACCUCAAAUACAAGUCAUCGAUAGUUAUGCCCGAAGACGAGCGCUUCUCAUUCCAGUUGAACGACUCGGAACAGUCUAUACCGCUGUUGAGAUAG